AUGAGUGCCAGCGAUCAAGGCUCUCCAGCUCAUGGAGAUAAUGAGUCACGUGCUGUAAAGAAGUUUCGCUGUGCUACAUGCCAACGAGCUUUUGCGAAGGCAGAGCAUUUGUUAAGACACGAAAGAAGCCACUCGAAGCACAAACCAUUCUCAUGCCCGGAUUGCUCAAAAGGCUUUGGCAGGCAGGAUGUCCUUGCACGACACAGAAAACUUCAUCAACGUGUCUCAGUAACAAAUAGUAGUCCACAUACUCAACAUGGUCCUGUCGCAGAAGACAACAACGACGGAAGCAUUACAAGUUUUAGUCCUGCUACCUCAGGGAUGAGCUCCAAUUUGCCUCGACAGCCUUUCAUCGAACAUCCGGCACCGCUUCAUCAGCAUGAAAAUGGGUCUCUGCCAUUUUGGAAUGACUCCGAAGACAUGCUGGAGUUUUUGACUUCGGAUUUGAGCUGGCCUGUCACAUUGCCAGUCACGCAUUUCGACCCAUCAAACUUUGGCAGUGCCAAUAGCCCAACGAUAUCGCCAACAGGAGAAGAUCACGUGUAUUACAAUGGCCAGGGUCAUCAAGCCAUGCAGCAAAUGAGCAGGCUCAUUUCUGUUCUAUCUUCGAAUUUGACAAACGAGAUCCAAAACACGGGUAUCACCUCCUCCUUUCUGGACACAUGUAUGCAUGUUUUCUUUGAUAAAUUCAUACCCUCAUUCCCAGUCUUACAUGAGGCAACUUUCACCGUUCGAGAGUCAAGUCAUCCUCUACUACUGAACAUCAUUGCACUUGGCACGUUAUUUUGUGGAGCCAAAGAUGCUGUCCCGAAAGGUGAAGCCCUUUGGAGACUUGCACACAUCGCCGUCGCGACUAAUUGGAGGCAUCUCAUGUCGACGAAGGGUCCAAGAGACUCUUGCCAAGGUGUUCAACUGGUCUUGACUGCAGUCCUUGGACAGACUUAUGCCCUGAUGUCGAAGAACGAGAGUCUAAGGAUGACAAGCCAGACAUUCCAUGGACUUGGAUUCUACUGGGCAAGACAAUGUGGUAUGUUCAGCUCAAAUGACGGCCCCCUCAUCGUUCCCUCUCUGAAUGCUCCAGAGGAAGAAAAGAUGGAAUGUUGGAAGAUGUUCGCCGCCAGAGAGGUCCAAAAUAGCAGUGUGCUUGGUCACUAUGUGCUCGAUGGACACAUUGCUCAAUUCUCCGGCUAUGCCGCAUGUGCUCGGCAUGUUACCAAUCCCCUCUUCGUCCCAUGCAGCGAUGCAGCUUUUGAUGCAACAACACCAGAUGAUUGGAUUCGGGAAAUGCAAAAGCAAGAUUCCACGCCUCGUUGUUUUCGGGAAUUAUUUCUCAACCUCUUUUCCCCGCAUCCACUCCCACCUGGCAGUAUCACAUCCUCAGUCUUCACUCUUCGAGUCAUUCUGGAAGGGUUACAGUCUCUGGCCUCUGACAAUUUAGAAGCACGAGGGAAUGCUGUUGGCACUCCUACGAAAGCCGAUAUUGCUCAAGCUCUCAUGAAAUUUCGUAGUCAAUAUUUGUCAACAUCUAGCACGCUAUCGACCGACCAGAUGGAAUUGUUGAUCAGAUGGCACACGAUUUUCCUCGAUUUAGCAACUCCUUCUACAGCUUUGAGCAAAAACAUAUGUGCACCGUACGGUAUAGCUGAGGACCUUCAUGGGCCGAGCAAAGUAUCUGUUGAAAGUUUUGAUCUUGCCGUGUGGUCACAGAGUUCCGAUAGUUUGCGAGCCGUCUUGCACUCUUUGGCGAUACAAGAAAUUGUUGAAAUGAUGCCUUUGGGACGUUCAAGUGGUAUUCAUCUGCCGGCAGCUAUAUUCGCCGUGGCAACAAUAUACAGCGCACAGUGCCUUGCUGGCUUCUCCCUGAUUACCACCCCGAAGGAUUUCACAUGGGAGAGUGUUUGGAAUAUGAGCGAGUCAGGACAUCUCGCAGAUCCUUCGAUGCAAGCUUUUCUUAGCUGCACGUAUGCAAAGACAGCUCACCCUUCCAAAACCAAGAAUCUGAUGUAUGAGAUUAACUCUCUUCAGAUAACUCUGAACUCUAUCUCAUCCCGUUGGGGUGUAUCUCAUGAGAUGGAUGCUUUGCUGACUAGAUGGGUUACAAUUGCGAAUGAGCGAACCGAAAGGAGUAUUUGACUUUCGGAUCAUAGAAGAUAUGCCUCGCACCGCUUUUGCCAGGUGGUUGGGAAGAUCGACGGGGCAAGAUUAUGCGAGCGCG